AGUUUUUCUUUCUCGGAUCCAUAUAUUCGUGCUUUUAAUGAAGAACAGAGUACAUUCUCGAUGCCAUUCGAUUUUUUUCUUUCUAAUAAUUUGACCAACAACAAUUCUUAUGAUCCAAGUCUUAAUUUUAAUCGGCUGACUGAAGAAUCUAUGCAAAUAAUUCAAGAACAAGUUAAUACUCAAGAACAACAAGAUGAUAAAGAGUGUGACUAUGAUCUGACCAACAAUUCUUAUGAUCCAAGUCUUGGUAACAAUGUUAAUUUUAAUCGGUUGACUAAAGAAUCUGUACAAAUAAUUCAAGAACAAGUUAAUACUCAAGAAGUUACAUAUGAGCAACAAAGCGAUAAAAAGUAUGAAUAUGAUGAUGAAGAGUUUGAACAUGACAAUGAAAGAAAUGAUAAUGUAAUUAAAGUCGGUGCUCCUUUUACUAGUUGGGAGUGUUUAGAAAAUGCAUUGAAAAGAUAUGAAUCAGAAGUCAGAUUCAAAGCAAUAAAAUUUCAGUUGGAACGUGAUAGUAAUGGAGCUAUAAUUCGCCGAUAUUUUGUCUGUGAAAAUUCAAAAGAGCAUCAACCUAAAAAAAAGACUGAUAGUAUGGAUCAUAGAGAAAGGAAAUCCAAAAAAGUUGGAUGCCCGUGGCAACUCAAUGCAAGAUAUCGAAAGAAUGAUGAAUUUGCCCCAAGUUUACGUUCCUUUUCACAAGAAGUCCUUGAUGAUAUUAAAUUUUUAACUCAAGAAUGUGGCCUUGGUGCGAAUGCUCAACGUCGAUACAUUUCAAAGAAAUUUCCCGAACAACCUUUGUAUGACCAUGAUCUCUAUAAUGCUAUAUGUAAAUACAAAAAUCAAUUAGGUUAUAAACGUGAAAAUGAUGCAGCUGAAAUGUUUAAAUACCGUAAUAAUCGUAGUGAAGCAGAAUUGAUACAUCGUUGGGAAGAGCUAUUGGUUAAAUAUCCUGCAAGUGAAAGUUACUUAAAACAACUUUGGAAAUCUCGAUAUUCAUGGGCCAAAAUCUAUGUAUGCACGACUUUUUGUGCUGGGAUGCAAAGCACCCAGCGAGUAGAAGGAAUAAAUAGGCAUAUUAAAACUGAAGUUAAUGCAAAAACGUCACUUCUUAAUUUGGGAAAAGCUAUUCAAAUAAGGCUUGAGUGUGAAUCACAGUAUCAACGGCUUUCUGAAUAUAAAAAUUCAUUACCAAUUAAAGGGCUUCCAAGUUUUCAAAGUGUUUUUUUUGAACCUAUUCAAGACAUUAUCAAAAAGUAUCUAACAUUAAAAUCUUCUUCAGUUCAAAAUGAGCAAAUAUCGCAAAGUAUUUUAUAUUGUGCUUGUUUAUUUGAACCUUCAAAGGAACUAACUAUGCUUCCUAGCGCUCAUGAAUGUACAGAUGGGUAUCUUGAAGACGAAUACGAUGCAUUACAAGCUUCGCUUGAAAACAUUAUGAAUAUAGUUAACUACAAACAUAUUCUUGAGAUUUGGAAAGUUUUAUUAUUUGAUCAUCAUGAUCAUAGCAGUGAUGCUACAGAACUCGAUAUGAAUGAGGAAAUAAAUCAAGUAGUUUCCAUUCGUGGAUCUAAUACGUAUCAAGCGACUAUUCAUGCAAGUAUUACCGAAAAACAAGAAUAUGCACAUGGUUUCGGCAUAGCUAAAAGUGGGCUAAAGUUUGCUAUGGAAAAUGGAUUAGUUAAUGAAUUCGUGGGAUUGAUAGUAAAAUUUAUUGAAAACAAUUCUGAGGUUAAUACCAAUAAACGAAUGACUGUUGAUAUCAACCAAAUUGAAAAUCCAAAGAAGUCAAAGCAUAAAGGACAUCCAAAGUUACAAAAUUCUACUCAGCAAGACAUUCCUAAAGACAUAAAUCCAAAACAAGACUUAAAUAAAAGACAAGACUUGGAUUCAGAGCAAGAUUUAAAUUCAAACCGAUAUAAGUUAAGAAAAAGAGCCGAAACUGAUAGUGAGAAUGAAAAUUGUGUAAGUUCAGGAACAAAAGAAAAUUCUGCUUCAAAAAUAGAAGCUUGCCACUGUGGUAAUUGCUAUGGGACUGGUCAUUACGCUACUACAU